GUCGAUCUAUUCGAGUUAACGAGUUGAAUUUAGUUGUGUAAACCAACAUAUUUGAAAAAUGUCUGAGAGCCAUUUCGACGAGUACGAACAUUACAACUUCAUGUACGACAAGCAGAUUUACAGUGGACACAGCGGUAAACAGCGUACAAAGAAAGAAGUAAGCGAACACACCAACCACAACGAUCCUUGUGGACACUCCAGGAAGAUCCUUACCAAACUCAUGAACACCGAAACAAACAAGAAGGGGAAACACUGAAUGGUCCUCUUUGUUCGUGUGGCGUUCUUCCAGUUUUAAGGAAGAACUGUAGACGUUUUCGACUGUUUUUUUUAAGGACUGUGAUUUUUAUUACUAUUAAUUAUUAUUAUUGUGCUCACCUAAACCUUCUUGUGACCAGAACACCGUCAAUUGCGGUCGCAAAUCCGCGACCUCGCCAAACAAGGUGACAUUCGCAUUUCUGUGGUAUUCAGUUAUUGGAUAAAAUAUUGUUUUGUAUUUAGUUAAUACAGUUAAUCUGUACAAAAUAAAUUAUUAUUUAUAAAA